AAUGGCUUUACUGCUGUGACGUAAAUUUAGCAAAUCGAAACUGAAGUUUUGACAUCCUGAAACGAGGCUGCAAAAGACUAGGGGCGUCAAUCGUCCAGCUUGAAAAAAUAACACGUUUUUUCUUUAUCAAAUUUGGAUCAUGGCCCUAAAUUCAGACAAGUUGCUGCAGUGUGGCGCCUGCUUUUGUAGCAUCACCUCCCCCAAGCUGCUCUCCUGCCUGCACAGCUUCUGUGAGACAUGUUUGAAUGAUCAGGACGGGUGUCAGGUUGUCACCUGCCCCACCUGCCACCAGCCCACCAAGAAGGCUGAGGUGAAGGACAACAAGCUUUUAUCUGACCUGCAAAGCAAACUGGACAUCCUGAAGCAGAUAGCCAGGGGCAGUGACCUGUCCUGCUCUUGCUCUAAUGCCUCGGCGAGGUCCAUGUGCUUCGAGUGCGAGAAGUUUCUGUGCCAGAAGUGUUUUGAAGGCCACCAGAUGUUCCUAGAGAAGGAAAAUCACUCAAUGGAGAGCUUGGAGUCCCUGAAAGUGAUGAGCUCCCAGGAAUUCCUGGCCACUGCUCGGAAAAUAAGGGUGCCCUACUGCCCCGACCACGACAAACAGACGAUCAGCAUCUUCUGUCGAACCUGUUCCAAGUCCAUUUGCACCACAUGCACUGUACUGAUGCACAAGCCUCCCGAUCAUGAGUACAGGGACAUCAAGCAAGAGGCCCAAGAGCAGAAGGAUAAUCUUGCUAAAAUGUGCACUAAGCUGUGUAAGAAAGAGGAUGCCUUUGAAGAAAUCUUGAAGAAGCUGUUGAAUCUGAAGGGCGACCAUUGGUCCCGAAAGAGGGAGCUGGAAGAACAGAUCAAGGUGUCAGUGAAAGAAGCUGUGAGGAAGGUGGAGCAGAAAGGAGAAGCCCUCUUGAAAGAGCUGGAGGGAAUUCACAAGGGCAUGGAUGCCAAGAUGAGUAAGAAGCUGCUUCACAUGGAGGAUGUGCAGAAGAGAAUUGAAGGCAGCAAGGAUCUGUUGGAGAACAUGAUCAAGUACGCCACUGAUGAAGAAGUGAUGGAGAUGCAGACGUUUGUGAAAUCGUCCCUGCAGCAGCUCCAGAGAAGUAAGCCUGGGAAUGCAGACGCACUGGACUUCACAGUAGAGUUUAAGAAAACUGACCUGGAGCCGCUCAACCUAUUGGGCAGCCUAGUGGUUCAUAAAGAUAUGGCGACAGGAACAAAUUUGGAGGCUUCAACAUCGAUCAAGAUUAAAAGAGAGAGGCAGGAUGAUGAAGACAUUAAACCUGGAACAUCUUUAGCCUCUGAACUACCACCCAAGCGCCCUUACACACCUUCUCUUGAAAAGCCAGGUUUCAGUCCAGCUGCACUGAAUGCUUUACCUCCUAAUGUUAGACAACAAACUGACUUAAACAUAUUAACAGAUGAUUCCCUACUGGAUUGCAAUGAUGAUGAAUGUGAAGAGACACAAUCUGGGACCUCUGACAUGCUGAAUAGUGAUGAUGAGAAUGAUGGGGGUGCGAGUGCCUCCCAGUCACACCUGAGCAGCUCUUUCUUCAAACCCAACCUCAACAUAGAAAACUGCACCCUUGUGUUUUUUGAUUUGAAGACCACUGGACAAGAACAAGCACCUGAUAUUAUCCAGCUGUCCGCUAUCAGCCAAUUCAAGGCUUUUGUUGUCUCCAUACUACCCCAGCAGAUCGAAGGAGGUGUCAAUGUAGUUCAAACCCGCACUGAGGCCCUGACUGCCUUCCUGGCCUUCCUCCACAUGCUGGUUCAGCCUACAAUACUAGUAGGGCACAACAUCUGGAAGAUGAAGUGCCCCAUUCUGUGUAGGCAUCUUGAUGAACUCGGCCUGAAAGAUGAGUUACAGGAGUUAGUGUCCGGCUUUCUGGACACUGAAUCUUUGGCUAGAGACAACUUAAAAGGUAAAGACAUCAAGAAGUUUUCCCAGCAAGAUCUGUCAAAGAUGUUGCUCAAAAAAACAUAUCCAGCGCACAACACUUUAGAAGCAGUCAAAAAUUUGCAGGAACUCUACCAAUCCUUACGCCCUGCACAAGAGAAGCACCUGUUCUCGCUUGUUCAGUUGGAAGCUCACAUGUCUCUGCAGCCUCUAGUCCUGGCGAUGGCUGUCACUAAACCCUCAGCUCAGACACUGGCUCAACAGGGUAUCAGUUUUGAGACCUUGAAGCAAGCAUAUCAGAAAGAUCCUAAAAAGGGCUUGAAGCAUUUGUUGAGACAUCUAGGCAAUGAGCUGGGUCCCAACAAACUUUCUACAACCAUUAGACAUACCCAGGCCUUUUUUUUAUCAAAGCUAGCGCAUUAGAGAUGGGUAAUUCAAGAUGAUUGUUUCAGGGUUAGUGAAAGUGAUUUCAGACACAGACAAUAAAUUGAAUAAAGGUUUAUUAACUUAUGAUAACUAGUUUGACUGCCAUGAUACAAAAGUUUUAAUCAUUCUAUUAAAAUAUUUGUUAAAUCAAAUAAAGAGAGAAAAUACUCCAAUGCAGUGAUAACAUACAGAUUUAGACAGGAAAUUUGUAGCAGUUUAUUAUUAUUAUUAUUAUUAUUAUUAUUAUUAUUAUUAUUAUUAUUAUUAUUUAUUUCUUAGCAGACGCUGUCUGCUAAGAAAUUAUACAUUUUUUCACAUUAUACAGAUAUCACAUUAUAUGAUUUUAUGAUUGGGCUGUCAGUUUCAGAAAUAGCACUGCCAACCAAUACAAGUUUCCCAUAGUAAAAGUAAAGAAUUCGAGGGGAAAGGUAAAGCAUAUUAAUAAACAUGACAAACCAGGGUAAACUAUGGUAAAUGCACAGUAUAACCAUGGGAAAAGCAUGGAAAAACAGCAAAAAAUACCAUGGUAAACUUUUAUAAGGGAAAUCCUGAUCGCUCAAACAUAUGUAAAGAAAUAUUCAUUUUUUUAUGUGUUUUCUACAUUUUUUAAGAAUUAGUUAUUGUUUUAGGUAUUUUCUUUAGUAGAUCAUUGGAAAAUAACACUCAGAUGGCCAUUGCAGUUACUUUGCCCUUGUCAUAAGCAGUGAAAAGGUUUUAAUUUGGCGUACCUGCAAUUCUCAGUAUUCACAGAGGUAGUGCUCUCUUCAGUAGCACUGUUUCCUAGAAUUAACACAGACUCAACCUCUACUAAACUCCAGCUCUCACUUCCUACUGUAUAUGGCCUGGAGCUCCCCAGUCACUUCUAGCAGACUCGUGUACUGGUAUGACCACCCAUCCAUCCAUUAUCUGUAACCGCUUAAUCCUAUCGAGGGUCGCGGUGAGCCAGAGCCUAACCCGGCAGACACAGGGCGCAAGGCAGGACUACACCCUGGAGGGACGCCAGUCCAUCGCAGAGCAACUAAGGGGCAAUUUAGAGAGUCCAAUCCACCUAGCCAGCAUGUCUUUGGACUGUGGGAGGAAACCGGAGUACCCGGAGAAAACCCAAACGAACACGGGGAGAACAUGAAAACACAGACACAGGCCAGAAUCGAACCCAGGUGUACUGGUAUGUGACAAAUAUAAAAUAAUAAUGUAACCUUAACAAUAAAAAUAAAAAGUUUAUAGCAUUUUGGGAUGCCUAAUACUUUUAAUAAAAUAUUGUCUUUGAGUGAAAUUUCUGUGUGCUG